AUGAGUCUAUUCAUCUUGGACGAUAUGAUUACUGAUGAAUCGGAAACUCAUGAGAACAAACGUGUAAAAAUCACAACGGCCUGUGAUACCUGUCGUAGAAGAAAAGUCAAAUGUGAUGGAGCAUCACCCUGCGCUAAUUGUACACGAGGAGGUCUGGAUCUUUUAUUAUUGUCACUUGUACUUUUAUUUGUCGACAACGUGCAAUUUGAUGCAUCUACAAAGAGACCGCGAGGACCUCCAAAGGGUUUCGUGGCCUUGAUCGAAGACAGACUUCACACCAUAGAAUCCCUUUUGGUGAAUCUUGUUAACAAGGAUAAUAUUAUUGAAAACAAUAAGGAAAUAAAAAGAGAAAGAGAUAUCUCUAUCAACGAGGAGUCCAACCAACGACAAAAUUUUUCGACCUUUAAAGUGCGUCAAUAUUCCCCGACGAAUGCUAUCGCACCCGCUACACUAUCAUCGCCCCAUUUAUUCAUUCCAACAACGCCUCCAGCAGAUGCGAAUCAUGUUUCUGAUCAUUCCUCAAAUUUAAUCCCAGGAUUUAGUGAAGAUCUUGGUAGUGAUGAUGAGGACAUUCUUCUUAAUAAUUUGGUCACUCCAAAUCCUGCAAACAGUUUACAUACUGGUUCAUUUGCAUUUCUAAUACCAAACAAUCAACAAAACGUUGUGGGUGGUUCUUACGUUGAUCCUCCUUUACCAUCUACAAUUCCACAGUUCUCGGAUCCACCUUCUAACAUUUCAAAACAAUUGUUGGAGAGAUAUUUUAACCAUUUUCACCCUUAUUUUCCUAUUAUCAAUCGUGGACAAUUUUUUAAAAUGGUGUCUUGUCCUAAUGUUGAGGAACGACCCUCCCCGUUACUGCUUAAUGCCAUUUAUGCUGUUGGUGCGAUGUUCCCUCCCACGCUCCAAGAUUUUCAUUCUUCGACAUUUUAUGAUCGCGCAAAAAAUUUGUUAGAUAAUUUUAUCGACGUACCAAGAUUGUCAACUGUUCAGGCUUUAGCAUUGCUAUGCAUGGUUGACCAGGGUAAACCAUCGUCUUAUAGGCCACAAACCUAUUCAUCGAUGGCCAUCAGGAUGGCACAGAGCAUGGGAUUAAAUCGUAGGAACGGUGCUGUUUAUCAGGGAAAAGGUCGUCAUACUAAGAAAUUAGUGUGGUGGGGAUGUUUUAUUUUGGACAGACUUAAUAGUCUUGCUAACGGUGAUCCGUUGGCUAUAAAUGACAAGAUAUGUGAUAUUGAGUUCCCUUUACCGGAUGAAGUAGAUGAUCUAGAUGAUGAUAAUCUUACACAACCUCAAAGCCAUUCAUCACAAAAAAGUUCCGAACAACAAAAUAUAGCUCCAACAUAUAGUUCAUCAUACGCGCAGCAGACAAACAUUUUCGUUAGUUUUGCCAGGUUGGCAAGAAUUAUUGGACAGAUUGUUGAGCAUUUGCAAUCCACUUCAUGCAUUGGUAUGCCGGCAUCCUGGACUCAUCAUGUGAUGGUCAAUACUUUUGAAGUUUCCCUUUUAAAUUGGCUCAGAGAAUUACCGCCAUUUUUGCAGUAUGCCCCCUCUCCACAUGACAUGCCGCUACCUGGCCACAUCGCUUCAUUACACAUGCAUCAUCAAACUUUAUUCUUGAUGCUUCAUUACCCUUACAUUGUAUCACAUCAUUCUCGUUCACCUCACGCGCGCAUGUCUAAUACCUUCAUCAAAUCACUUAAUGCUUGUAGUAAGGCUGCGAGUGUAAUCACUCAUAUCGGUGCUCUAAAUAAUGUUUACGUGUGCAUAACUUUCCCGACAAUGUUUUAUAGUUUAACAAAGGCUGCAAAGGUUCAUGCUAUUAACCUUGUCUCACCACAUCGCGGUUUUGCAAUAAAUGCAUACAGAAAUGUUGUAAAAACAAUUAAAAUCUGUCGAUUCUAUGAACAGAACAAUAUCAUGACCGAAUUAGCGAGUCAAACGAUUGCAAGCUUGGAAAGCGUUUUGAUGUCGCAUCAAGAUAAAUUCUCUAAUCAAGAAACGAUUGAAAUUUCGAGCGUGUCACCUGCCAUUGCUGUUUCGGGUUCAAUGACAUCUCCAACACACAUUAAAAUAUCACCUACCAUGGCGAAUCAAAUGUUUCAUUCGGGAUCAUCAUUAUCAAAACAAAUGCAACCGAUAACUUCUAAUGAUCUAAAGAGGGACGCUUCCUCAACUAAUAUUCAACAGCAUACGUCGAACUUUACUUUUGUUCAAAAUCAGGGUGGAGCAGGGAUGCAACAGUAUAUGCCGGUGAACCAAAUCUUUGAUUCGUUCGCAAUGCAAAUGCAACCGUCUUCAAUGAUGAUGACACCAUGCGGAACCGAGAUGACAUCACAUGAACCAUAUUGGGAUCUUGGAAUGGACCUCACAGGGCAACAAAACAUGGUCGACGGAUUCAAUAAUCAUUCAUACAACAAUGUAACGCCCACAAUUCCCAUUCCUGCAGCUUCCUCAACCACAUCCACCCCAGCCUUAUCUACUACAACUGUGGCAACUGCCGCCGAUUAUUUCUCUAAUCAUCAACAGCAGCAACAACGAUCACCACAGCAACAGACCUCGCUCCAAGUUUCUUCGCCAAUUCCAGUGUAUGCUGCAGCUACGACCAAUGAAACUCAACCAAGAUCUAACCAAAUGUCUCUAAAUUCCAUCGAACAAGAUAAUGAUUCAGAAUCAAAUCUGAUGAAUGAAAAUCUGAGCAAUGUCGAAUUACAAAAUAUUCAUCCCACACAAAGGUAUGUGUUUACGGGUAUAGGUGACAAUAAUUCCUCAAUCGCAAAUGCAAACGGUAGUGGUAGGUUUGUUAUUGAGGAAGAAAAUAUCUAUGGUCAUUUAUCUACCUCAAAUGAGACUCAUCAGAGAAUUUUCAACAAGAUCCCUGGACGAAUGAUAAAGAAAGAAGAUGAAGAAGAAGCCGGUCAAGUCAUCGCUACUGGUAGCGAUUCACCAAAUAAAGAUGCUAUAAGUGUUUUGUCCCGGCGUUUGAGUGGUCAUUGUUGCGUUACACCUGCCUUUAACGAUUUGAAAUUCGGCGGCAACGUUGGAUCCAAUAGGAAUGGUAAUGAUUAUUCCUCGUUCGGAUUUGAAAAUAAUCUUUGUCAUAUCGACGGUAACGUUUAUAACAAUUCAAGAGAAAUGAAAGAAGUUAAUGUCGGUUUUCAUAUUGGACUUUACUAA